AUGUCUCGGUCAACCUUUGAUCCUCACGCAAAUUAUCCCCCUUCACCUCCUCCUUCUCGGUCAAGACGUCCGCCUCCUCUUCGCGUCAAUACUCACAGCACCGUUCCCUCCGGAUCAUCUAUCAGAUCAGCUGGUCAUUCUCCCGUCAAGCCCGGCUUCUCAUACAACCUCCCCACCUCUAUUGAAUCGCCCAGUCAUCCACAAAAUCGUGCUCGUCCUGGUGGUUUGGCCGCGUUGAAUGGUGACGUCCCAGCUCGGGUCCGGUCUCCUCCUGUCACUCCUGGAUCUAGAGCUCACUCUCGAACGGGUCAGUGGUCGCGCCGAGGAUCAAAUGAGUCGAACUUGCCGCCAGCUGUGUUGCGUCAAGGUUCUGAACAGGCCCCUUCGAGGACUCGUAAAGACAGCGGAGUUCAAAGUCCACCAUUAGCAAGUGUGUAUUCCGGUAGAGAAGGGAUUAGUUAUCACAGAGUAGAGGGAGUCAGGAGUCCCAACCCAGCUUCAUCACUCAGAUCGCUCGCACAUCUUCAUCAUCUACGUCUUCGUAUAUCUUCAUUCCACGCGCUCAUAUCCAGUACGGUAUCAUCUGCAUCGCUAUCUCCGCUAUCCCGUCAAGACCUGGUCAGUCCUCGUGCUCGAUCAGAGAGGAGUGAGAAAGCCAAGAAAUUCAUAUCUACUUGGUGUACAAGCAAGACAGGAGGAGUUGAACCGUUCUUUAGGGGGCUUUGGGGGGCUUUGCGUGCUCAGAGUCGAGGAGGAGUUGGUCGUGGUGGGGGUGGUUCUACAAGGGUAGUCUGGGAGAUAGACGAUGCUGUAUUUCUGGAGUCAGGCGGCAACGAAUUCAUGCAUGAAGCCGUGACCUUCAUCAAAGGUGUGCUUGGCUUCGAAGACCAACCACUUACUUCUCCUCCUAAACUCCGUCGAAUAAGAACUUUACCUAGGUCAUAUUCUGAAUCUCGGUCGAGACCCCCACCUCGACCUUCACCUCAUGAAGCACCUGUAGGGUACGAUAGUCAAGAAGAACUGGCUGCUUCGCCGCCGAACCGCUCCCGCUCCCGCUCGUCGGAUUCUCGUUCAAGAGCUAUCUCAGAUCCUUUCACCGAUGCUCGACCCAAUCGACGUGGGCCUGCGCCUCCCCCACCUCCAUCCCGCAGACAUCCCUCUACUUCAGCGACUCUCACUUCGAAAACCAUACCUAAUCCGCUGCAACGGGGGUCAUCUGAUGACAUGGUCCCUUCUCCAAAUCCCGAAUCUCCUUUGCUUGUUCAUGACCCGGAGGUUGAAAUCUCUGCAAACGGUCAGAUUCGACCUUCAGUACCACCCCGCAUAUCGGAAGAUCGAGUGCAUCUCCUUGGUCGUCGAACGAUGAGCGAUACUAGCGACCAAGGUUCUGGCGGCUUCGCUCAACCUGCUGUGCAACCUCUCGAAGAAGAUGAUGAGGACGAACCAACUGAAGAUGAUAUCGCUGCCGAGGAAACUGAUCUCAACAAACCUCGCUUUAGAUUAUGGAUAUUCCCUGCUCACAUAUCUGAUCAAGAAUCGGAACAUCUACAGAGUCUUUUCCCUCGAUUUAUCGGCGCGAAAGGUGAUGUUCGGUUCCCCUUUGUCAGACCCGGACAUGGAGCGAAGGCAAUGGAGGAAGCAAGGUGGGACGCCAUAGCUGUAGGUAACAUUGAUGACACCGAGCCCAAGGUUGUCCGUGUACCUAAAGUAGAAAUUGAAGAUGAAGAAGGGGUAGUGAGAUGUGGGACAGGGAGAAUGUGGGUUGGAUGUGAUCCGAGAAGACCUGGAUGGCAGGGAAGCAAAUGGUUUCGUUUCAAGAGAUGGUGGCGAAGGUUGUUUGGAAUGGGUUAG